CCUUAUAAAUACAUCGGUGACACCACUCGACGGUUAGUGCGCUCGCGGCCGCGUGUGCCUCGUUUGAACUCUCAAACUAAUCCCAAUUUCUCCUAAAAAUGGCUCCCGGAGUCACCCAAAAUUCUGAAAGUAUAAUUAAUAACGACAUUUUGAACGGGCAUAAUGGCGAUCUCAUCGUUAACUUCAUAGAACCCGUUAAAGCGUGCCCUAUUGAUCACCUGAGCUUGACUAAUGAAGUGGAUAUUAAUGAUGUCGAUGACGCGUUUGAAGGGAAAUGUCCAGUGUUUGACUACCCGAAGCUCGGGAAGAAUCCGCCGAGGAGAGCCAUCAAGCCAAAGGUCUUGAAGAACUUGGAAUCGGGAGACUAUUUGUACGACCGGCUGUAUGAUACUACUUGCCCUAGAGUGCAAACACAAUGUAACGAGAAGGCAUGCCUGGGCAGUGUGAUGGGUAUCCCGGGGAGGGGUGACGUGCCUCGUGCCCCGGAAGAGGUCCUCAAUGACGCCAAAGACUUCCUCGGACAGUACUUCGCUUCCAUACGAAGAGCCAACACCCCAGCCCACGAGGCCCGUUGGCAGGCGGUGCAGGAUGAGGUGGCGAAGACUGGCACCUACCAGCUGACCACCACUGAGCUAGUCUUCGGAGCCAAGCUGGCUUGGAGGAACGCCAGCCGAUGCAUUGGCAGAAUUCAGUGGUCUAAGUUACAGGUUUUCGAUUGCCGACAAGUGACGACCACAAGCGGAAUGUUCGAGGCACUUUGUAACCACAUCAAAUACAGCACCAAUAAAGGGAAUAUAAGGUCGGCUAUAACGGUGUUCCCACAACGUACAGACGGUCAACACGACUAUAGGAUAUGGAACAGCCAGCUUAUUAGCUACGCUGGGUACCGACAACCCGACGGCUCAGUACUGGGCGACCCUAUGCACUGUGAGUUUACUGAGCUUUGCCUGAAGCUUGGUUGGAAGCCUGCCCGCACCGCUUGGGACAUACUGCCUCUGGUGCUCUCGGCUAAUGGAAAGGACCCCGACUACUUCGAGAUCCCUAGAGAGCUCGUGAUGGAGGUACACAUGACUCAUCCCACGUACGAAUGGUUUGAAGAGCUGAACCUGCGCUGGUACGCAUUGCCAGCAGUGUCAAGUAUGAGGUUUGACUGUGGUGGUAUCGAAUUCACUGCGAACGCAUUCAACGGUUGGUAUAUGAGUACCGAGAUCGGCUGCCGGAACUUCUGUGACACCAACCGAUUGAACAUGAUGGAGAAAGUCGCAGCAAAAAUGGGCCUGGACACCCGGACACCAGUGAACCUGUGGAAGGACAAGACCCUUGUGGAAGUGAACGUGGCUGUACUGCACAGCUUUCAACAGCACAACGCCACCAUAGUGGACCAUCACACCGCAUCGGAGAGCUUCAUUAAACAUCUGGACAACGAAAACAGACUACGUUCCGGAUGCCCAGCUGACUGGAUAUGGAUCGUGCCGCCAAUGUCCUCAUCCAUCACUCCAGUGUUCCAUCAGGAGAUGGCGCUCUACUACCUACGCCCGUCUUAUGAAUAUCAGGAGCCGGCCUGGAAGACUCAUCAAUGGCAGAAGUCUAAACCGAUAUCUGGCAAGAGACCAAUAAAUAGGAAGUUUCACUUCAAACAAAUCGCUCGCGCUGUCAAAUUCACAUCCAAACUAUUCGGCAGAGCCCUCUCUAAGAGGAUCAAAGCGACGGUGCUAUACGCCACUGAGACGGGCAAGUCUGAACAGUAUGCCAAAGAACUAGGAGUUAUAUUUGGACACGCCUUUAAUGCGCAGGUCCACUGCAUGGCGGAUUAUGACAUAACUUCCAUAGAGCACGAGGCUCUCCUGCUGGUUGUGACUUCGACGUUUGGAAAUGGUGACCCACCCGAAAAUGGUGUUGCAUUUGGAGAACAUCUUUGUGAACUUUUGUACGCAGAUCAAGUUGGUGAGGAGCCAACAGGAAAUGUACAGUUGAUGACGCCUAAAUCGUUUAUUAAAGCAAAUAGUCAGAUCGAGUUGCAAAGAUAUGCGGCAAGCAGCACAAAAAAAUUAAGCAGAAUAGAGUCGCUUAAAGGAAGCACAACAGACGCCGCAUCAAUUGAUAGUUUCGGUCCAUUGAGCAACGUACGAUUCGCAGUAUUCGCUCUGGGCUCCAGUGCGUAUCCGAACUUCUGUAACUUUGGCAAGUAUGUAGACAAGUUGCUCGGUGACCUCGGAGGCGAACGAAUCCAUGACCUUGCCAGCGGUGACGAGAUGUGCGGCCAAGACCAGGCCUUCCGGAAAUGGGCCUCCAGCGUUUUCAACGUGGCAUGUGAAACAUUCUGCUUGGAUGACGACGAAACACUGCAAGAAGCUAAAAGAGCUCUUGGUACAGUAGCUCUCAGUGAAGAAACAGUACGAUUUGCUCACCCUGAAGUUCGUCCACCAAAUCUGCCUGCAGCUCUGCAAUCUGCAUUGAAUAAACAGUUAGUCACUUGUACUGUAAGGGCUAACAAAGAUUUAGGAGAUGCGUCCGCCGAGAGGUCAACCAUUUUUAUCGAUUUGGAACCUCAGGAUGAGAUAAAAUAUGAUCCUGGAGAUCACGUAGGAAUUAUUGCUUGCAAUCGCAAAGAAAUAGUAGAUAAAGUUUUGGAUCGAAUCAGGGAUAUUGAUGAUUAUGAUGAACCAUUGCAAAUUCAACUUAUGAAGGAGACGCAUACUUCCAGCGGACCAGUCAAGUCUUGGGAACCACAUGAGAGACUCCCAGUAGUAGGCGUGCGAGAUUUAUUCACCAGAUUCCUAGAUGUCACUACACCACCGACUACAAUACUACUGCAGUAUUUAGCCAAAACUUGUGACAAUGAAGAAGAGCGCAAACAAUUAAAUGUGCUCGCUAACGAUCCCGGGGCGUAUGAAGAUUGGCGUCAUUAUCACUACCCAACCCUGUCUGAAGUUUUGGAUCAGUUCCCGUCAGCUAGACCGAGCGCUUCACUAUUGGCUGCUUUACUAUCACCGUUGCAGCCAAGAUUCUAUUCGAUCUCAUCAUCUCCUUUAGCUCAUCCUAGGAGACUACACCUCACAGUUGCUGUUGUGACGUAUAGAACUCAAGACGGCGAAGGCCCUGUCCAUUAUGGUGUUUGCUCGAAUUAUCUUAUGGAUCGUAAACCAGGAGACGAGGUUUAUCUUUUCAUCAGAAGCGCACCAAAUUUCCAUCUACCUCAAGACUUGACAGUUCCAUUGAUAUUGAUCGGACCUGGUACGGGUAUAGCACCGUUCCGCGGUUUCUGGCACCAUCGUCGUGCUCUCCUGAACGCACGCAGCCGACCAACCGCUGGUCCCGUAUGGCUGUUCUUUGGGUGUCGAACAAGAACCAUGGAUUUGUAUCGAGAGGAAAAAGAACAGGCCCUCAGAGAAGGCGUACUCUCGAAGGUUUUCCUUGCUUUGUCAAGGGAGAAGAAUAUUCCAAAAAUGUACGUCCAAGAGUUGGCAGAGAAGGAAGGUUCAGAGAUACACGAUCUGCUAUUAAACCGCGGCGGUCAUUUUUACGUCUGCGGUGACUGCAAAAUGGCUGAAGAUGUGCAUCAGAAGCUGAAGGGGAUUAUAAAGAAACAUGGGGAUAUGACGGAUGAUCAAGUGCAGAACUUUAUGUUUAAGCUAAAGGAGGAGAAUCGCUACCACGAGGACAUUUUCGGCAUCACACUGCGCACAGCAGAGGUCCACAGCGCAUCCCGCGAGUCGGCACGCCGCAACCGCGUGGCGGCGCAACCUUGACGCCGGUCUUCGCGUUUUCGGCCCGACUCGCUUCCCUAGCCGACAUACCUUUCAAAGCUAUAUCUAUAAGUAUAGCUUCUAAAACCAUUUGGACGACGUCUCCUACAACGUCCUUAAAUCCAACUACUUGAGGCAGCUUUGCAACAUCCGAGACCAUUAUAAGGUCAACAAUAUUUAUGCUUAGGGUUCUGUUUCCAUCGCUAAUGAUGUUUUAAUGUGGUUUAAGCAAAGUCAAUUAAAUCACCUGAGUUUUUCGCUUUAGCUUCGGGGAGAGUAGGUUUAUCUGGACCAUUGCAAAUGGUCGUUACGGAGGUUGUGCAUAUUCAUGGGUCUUCGAAUUGUACAUAGUUUUGAAAACAAGCAACCUCAAAGAAGUUACUACAUAAAUACUAAAACAUUAAUUUACAGAUUUAAGUAUUUUUUGACGCCAACUUUCAGAGGCAGCUAUCUGAAUUAUUGAUUUUAAAGAAUUAAAAGCAGGGUUACUAUGUAUAAAUAGCGCACAAAAUGCAUUACUUACUCGUUUGCUAAGUUUCUUGGAAAACGCUGUAAGUGCAUCGAGCAUGAUGUCAAAGAAAUUAUUCAGGCGUGAGAAUUUAACAAUUACAUACUCUUUAGACGUAAUUUUAUCCGAUUUAAUAGAUGUAAUGAAUUGUAAUUAACUAACUUCAUGUUUACAAUAAUAUUGUCCAAUUAUUAAUAAACCUUUCGAUAAAAUCUGUUCUUAAACCAUUAUAACGAUUUAAAAAUACUUAAUACCUUUUAACAUUUGUUUUAAAUAUAUACGUAGCGUUGUUUAAUUAAUAAAUACAACGACGUUUCAGUUUUAUAAAUAUAUUUUAAUUGCCAAAGUGUGUACAGUUUAUGAAGUAGUUAGGUUUACGGUAUGCUAUCUAUGUAAAUAAAGUUAAGUUAAGCGUUUUGUUUACGUAUAUUUUUAUUCGUACUGUACGCCAUAAACGAAUGUUUUAAAAUUUUCAAAAUAUUUACUUAUAUGUUGAUAUCAUUACAAAAAUGUUUAGCUAUAUUAUAAAAAGGCUUAAAUAUUAGGAUAAUUGGAAUGAAUUGUGCAACUAUCCAAUUCAUAUUCUGGUACUUUGAUUGAUCUGUCCUUCGAUACAACUGUAAUAGGUGUGAGUGUUGAAUUUGUGAUGUUCUAACUAGACUUAAGAAAUAUAUUCAUAUUUUCUAUUAUCCAUGUUACAAGAAUUUAAUAUACAAUCUUUUCUGAUACCUAA